AUGUUUCUGGGACUUCUUCGGGCGAGGUCUUCUGGCGCAGUUUCGCAGCAAGGCCAAGGACUUUUGAAAGCCACCCUUGGGCUUUCAAACCCGUUCCUUUCAAGAGGCUUCAAAGUCAGAACAGCUAUCAAAAAGUUCUGCAGUGAUUGCUACAUGGUAAGGCGUAAAGGUAGAGUUUAUGUUUACUGCAAGUCUAACAAAAAACAUAAGCAACGCCAAGGUUGA